UGACAAUUCAAAUUCAACUAUCGUGUGCGCCGGACGCUGAUCCAGGACUUCAAGAUGAAGUCGUUAGCGUUGGCUUUGUUGGUUAUUACUUCACUGUUAAAAUCAAGUUCCGGCCAAAUAUCGUACGCCGGAUGUGACUACGUGUACAACUUUGAAUCCCGUGCGACCGGUUACAUCCAAUCGCCAAACUACCCCAAUUACUACGCCCCUCGGACCAACUGUCGCUUCACGAUCCAGGCCCCGGCCAACAACUAUCUGUACGCGCAGUGCUAUGAUAUGUACCUACCGUCCAGCUAUGGCUGCUACUACGACAAGCUGGUGGUCUCCUCGACGGGAGAUUCAACGCUCCGCGACGGGCAGGCCCGUUGUGGCUCGACAACGUUCGACGUGGCUUCGUCCGGGAACAAGAUGGUUAUCGUGCUGCAAACCUCCAGCAUCUACGGUGGACGGUUCCGGUGUCAGAUCACGGCGAUGCCGCCCAAGUGUAACUGUGGAACGAGGAAGACGCCGUUAAUCUUCGGAGGCGUAUCAACCCAACCGAAUGAGUUUCCAAUGGCAGCUGCCCUCAUCGAUGUCACGUCCAAGGGUCUGGUUUGCGGUGCCACUAUAAUUACCGACCGCCACGCCCUCACAGCCUCCCACUGUCUAAAAGGCCGUCAAAUCUCCAAAACCGCAUUACUCGUCGGAGACCACAACAUGACAUCCGGAACGGAUACCACCUACGCCAAAGCGAUGCGGAUCUCUACCUUCACCAUGCACCCAAGUUACAACGAGGCGGCCAAAACCGACGACAUCGCGCUCGUCCGAACCGUAGAUCAGAUCGUGUUCAACGCCGGCGUGAACCGGGCCUGUCUCCCGUUCCUGUACUCCAGCGCGAGCUUCGACAACGUCAACCUGGAAGCCCUCGGCUGGGGAACGCUCGACUUUGGAGGCCCCAUGGCGCAAGAUCUCCAGAAGGUCACCCUACAGGUGAUGCCCCUCGGGACCUGCCGGGCCAAACUCGCCAGCUACGGAGCCGUUCAGGACAACCAACUGUGUACGUUCACCGCCGGCAAGGACAGCUGUCAGUACGACUCCGGAGGUCCCCUGCUCUACACAAACCCCACCGGCAACACGGUCUACGCCGUCGGAGUCAUCGACUACGGAAUCGCGUGUGGCCUCAACUACCCCAGCGUAAGUGCCCGCGUGGCGUCCUACUUGGGCUGGAUCGAGGCCAACACGGUCGGGUUUACUUACUGCGAGAAAUAAAACGCAGUUGGUGUGCAAAAUGUUUGAGAAAAUAAUUAA